AUUGGAUGAAUGCCACAUCAUCGCCUGCAUGGGUCCAAUCUCAAUUGAGUUGGUGUGCCAAGAUUUCUACCGAGUGCCUUUGGCCAUACCGAAUUACAUAACCACCAGGUACGAAAGUGACGAAGCUUAGUCAGGGCCGGCAAGGUAGCGCCGACUGCUCCGCGUUGCCGCAAAGAAUUUAAAGUCCACCCCCCAAGGAUACAUAGUGGGGCAACUGCCUGCCCCCUCUUAUCGCUAUCAGCCGACAAAAAGUUUUGGAUUUCUCGACACUGCCGCCCGCAGAAAGUCAAAGUCCACUCUGAGGCACAAGCACAGGCACAUGCACCGGCAGUCGCAACACGACACAACACAGCUCAACACCGACUGCAAUCAGCCGCCGACAACAUGGCAGUCCAAACCUCACUACCAGCUCUUCUCACAUCCUUGACCCAGUCCCUGAGCUCCGCCAUUGAGGCAACACCUAAACUCACCGGCAUUGAGUCGCCAGAGGAAGGAGUCUCUCUUCUCAACGUCAAGAAUGAACUGCUCCUUUCCUAUCUGCAGAACCUCGUCUUCCUCAUCCUCUUGAAGAUUCGAAAUGCGAAGCCUGCCAACAACAACUCAAAAACGGACAGCGAGACUGACUUGUCUGCCCAUGUCGUUGAAAAGCUCGUCGAGCUCAGACUUUAUCUUGAGAAGGGUGUCCGACCACUCGAAGACAAGCUCCGCUUCCAGCUGGACAAGAUUCUGCGAUCGGCCGACGAAGCAGACCGAAAUGCUCAUCGCGACCAAAACAAACCCACAGCCAAGAGGCAUGAGCAAGAAUCAGAAGGCGAGGAAUCCGGCGAUGACUCUGCGCCUGCCAUGAAUCCCAUGGCAAAUGCACGACCCUCUGACCGUACCGCCGCUCCGGGCUUCAACUUCCUUACCGGCCCCGACGCUAUUGGUAUGGCAGCAGCAGAAAAAAAUAAGACUGGUGUCUACCGUCCUCCAAAGUUUGCACCUACAGUUAUGCCUACUACCGAGCGUCGCGAAGCCCGUGAUCGUCGGCCCAUGAAAUCUGCUACCAUGGACGAGUACAUUUCCAACGAGCUCUCCACUGCCCCCAUGGCAGAGCCCAGUGUUGGCACAACCAUUGUUGCCGGUGGAAGAAAGGUCAAGACUGCCACCCAGCGGGCCGAAGAAGACAGGCGUCGCGAUUACGAAGAGACCAACUUCGUACGAUUGCCAACCGAGAGCAAGAAGGAUCGCACCAAGCGUAACAAGGCCGAGGGCAAGACUUCCCGAAUGCAGUUUGGUGGUGAAGAUUGGCGCGAUCUCGGCGAGGGUGCUGAUCGUAUCGAGAGGUUGACGAAGCGGAACGGCGGUGUAAGAUCCGGAACCAAGGCCUUGCUGGACAAGAGCCGAAAGAGAGGCAGAGACACGGCAGAUAGCGGGCGUGGUAGUGGGCUGAACGAAGGUACAAGAGAGAUUGGCGAUCGGUUCCAGAAACGACUCAAGGUUAUGGAAGGCGGCAGAAGAGAUCGUGGCAAGAGGUAGUAUUUCGAAUGUCGUCGAUACCACACCGUAUUACUAGAGCAACUUUGCCUUGAGAUCAUUGCGGUUGUCCUCUCGUUCGUGUGGAAAGUCAGUAAACCAACCAAAUCUUCAGUUCUUGCCAAUUUUCUGUAGGUGCAUUCAUAGCCGGCAUAUCUACAUAUGUUUCUUCGAAUCCUGUCGCGCAUUAGUAGUUAAAAGGCCGUCGGAGCCUGGUCGUCCUAGGAGCAUCCUCGUUUUGGUUAAAGAUGGAGGGAUCGUCCAAUCACUGAUCAUUACACAGCACUGGCCCGCUUCCGCAACCCACUAAACUCGUUCGUUGCUACCUCGGAUCCGAUUUUCAAUUGCCGACGACGUUUUCUGGCUCGGAUCAUAUCCUUCGUAAUGGAGCUU